UUUUUUUUUCUUGUAAUCCACAAAUUUCUCAAUCCAUGUCGAGUACUCCAAAUUCCAAACUUAACCAUGAAAACGAAAGGGAAGGACUAGGGAGGCUGGAGUAGCGUACAUUAGUAGAGGAAUUUGGGUUAUGUCUUAGUUUGAACAAAAAUUCCUAGGUUUAGAGUUGGUAGUAAGAGGAUUAGGAAACAAGAUGAGCAGCGAGGAAACGGGAAUAGCUGGGGAAGAAGAAGCAGAAAUGGAGGAGGUAGUAAGAGUAAAAUUGGGAUGUUAUGGUGGAGUUGUGAAGCUUGUGGAAGACCCAUCAGAGGAAAUUAUGCUUUUAUGGGGUCUUCGGCAACCCAUCUAUUCUAACCCUAAUGCUUAUGUUCUUCAAUCUUCUCUAUCGCUUCGUCUUGAUGCUUGUGGUCAUUCUCUUCGCAUUCUACAGUCUCCCUCUUCUCUGAUGACCCCUGGAGUAACCGGAGCAGUGAUGUGGGAUAGUGGUGUCGUUUUAGGGAAAUUUUUGGAGAAUGCAGUGGAUUCAAAACGCCUUCUUCUUCAAGGCAAAAAAGUUGUUGAGUUGGGUUCUGGCUGUGGAUUAGUUGGCUGCAUUGCAGCACUUUGUGGUGCCCAGACUAUUUUAACAGAUCUUCCUGACAGACUGAGGCUCUUGAAAAAGAAUGUUGAAGCCAAUAUAAACUCGAAUGAUAUCCUUGGUUCUGCAUCAGUCUGUGAGCUCACCUGGGGUGAAGAUCUCGAUCCACAAAUGCUUGAUCUAUUGCCAGAUUAUGUGCUAGGUUCAGAUGUCAUCUACAAUGAAGACGCUGUAAGAGAUUUAUUGUCAACAUUACAACAGCUUUGUGGUACGCACACAACAGUAAUUGUGUCUGGGGAACUUCGUAAUGAUAGUGUUCUUGAAUAUUUUCUGGAGGCUGCCAUGGAAAAUUUUUCAAUUGGUCAAGUUGAUCAAUUGGAGUUUCACUCUGAGUAUCGCAGUAAUCGAGUUGUGAUCUAUAUUUUGGUAAAGAAGAAUUUUGAGGAAUGUGCUAAUGAUAACUAAUUUAUUUUUGAGGAUUAUGUCACCUGGUCAAGUUGCUUGGUAAAAUAUUUUUUUCCUGCAUUCUCUUUUGAACCUAAGGGUUGGUUUGGUUUGGUUUGGUUCAAUUUAUGUAAAUGCUUUGGUGUCACUUUUCAAGCGACUCUUUUAGUGAAGUAUUGCAUAAGCUUGUUGGAUCGUGCUUGACUUAUGACUCGCGAGUAAAGAUCUUCAACAAAGACCAGUCAGACUCACCAUUGUGGAUUAAGAAGUCUAUCUAAAGGCCUCAAACACACAUACAAGCAUAUGCCGAUUGGGCAUUUCUCAAUAAACAAUUGGACCUGCAUCCCAAUCAUACAGGUACACAUAAUAUUUACUAAAGAAAAAACCUUGAUAUUAUAUGAUACUCCCUUCGUUUCAGUAACAUUGUCCCAUUUGGUUUUUUUGACGUCAUUCACAGUUCACUCUUAAUUUGUAUUUUAUUCUUAAUCUAUAAGUUAAAACAUAGUCAAAUGGGAUCUUGUUUGAUUCGUCUCAACGCAAGGAUUAUUAAUAUCAAUUUUUUGUAAUUUUUAGUUAUGAACACGCAAGGAUUAUUAAUAUCAAUUUUUUGUAAUUUUUAGUUAUGAACAAUUAAAGAUAUUAAAGUUUCAAUAAUUGCUUUGGCAAAUGUGCCGAAACUAAAUGGGAUAAUGUUGCUGAAA